GAAACCUGAGAACACGGACCACACAUGCCGUGACAGCAGCGGUGUGUCGGACAUUAGAUUGUGAUUAAUGAGCCGGUGCUUUGCUUGUAGAUACGUUGAGGAGUUAAAAUGUCUGAGGCGUCAGAGAAAGCUUCACCUCAGAACUGGAUCCUGCUGCAUCCAGCGUAUCAGCAGAUGAAGGAUCUGGAGGUUGGGGACAGCGCCCAGGUGCAUGCAGCUUUUCUCGUGUACAUGGAUCUUGCUGAGGUGCGUCAGUGGAAAGAGGUGACCUGUGUCAAGAUUCCUGAACUUCAGGCGGUUUUGCUGGAAGGGAGAGAGAAGGAAGGAGCACCCAUCCAGACUGUCCUUCCUCUGCCUGUUCACCGAUCUCUGUGCCACAAAAGCAUACGACACGUGCUGGACAGAGGCUUUCCCAUGCUGCUGUGUGCGGUGGCGUCUGACUCCACCCUGGUCUACCAGAGAAUGACUGAUGGGCUGGUGACGCCUGACCCUCCUGUAGGCCCCUUCCAGGAUGUGGGGCGCCGACAUCACCGGAAGAGACGGCAGAAGAACUGAGCAGCUGGAGGGAGAAGCUGAUGAACCACGGAAGGACGGGCUGACGAUGUGGAAGCAGGUACAACUGGACGCUUCCACGGUGGCCCUCCAGGUGCUGUGUGUGGCUGCUAGGCCCAGCCAAUCAUUCCCUCUCAAUAAGAAGUCAGUGGCCUCAUCCAACCAGUGGAGUCCAGUGAUUUUCAAAAUAAUGUCUUCUUGUGACCCACUGACAUUUAUCUUGUGACUCGUCGGCCGUAGUUUUUGGGAGGUUUUUGUUGCGCUGUCAGCAAAGCUGAAAGGGGCUCUUUGAGUGCAGUCAGGGUCGUGCUCACAUAGACGGGUACUUUGUGUGGUCACGUGCAGUUUACGCCGUGCCUCCCUCGUGACCUUCAAAUGGCACCUAAUGAGCUGGAUCACAGGACAUCCACGAAACUUUUUGGGAGCAUUACAACAGAGUCCAACUGAUACUGGACUGACACUGAUACAGAUUUUGAUAUUUUAAAGUUAUAUUUGAUUAUCAAGAGAAAUAUAAUAUAAACAUUUUUGAUAAAGA